AUGGCACCUCCGAGCGGAUCGGCGGCAUACAAGAAGAAAGAUGGCACCCUGACCAUGUCUCAGGACGGCCAGUCCAUCUCGUGGAUUCCUGCGGCUGGCGGCGCUACCGGAAUGAUUACGAUUCCAGUUUCUCAGAUCACUAAUCUACAGCAAACCCCGGCUAGUAACCCCAAAGUGAUGCUCAAGAUCUUCGUUCUCCCUCCCAAUACACCGAAUGAUUCUCCAGAACAAUACGUCUUCUCCUUCACGGCCGGGGCCAACGCCCGUGCGGAAGCGAAUGCCAUCAAAGAUGCACUCAGCGCCGCCAUCCAGGCUGCCAAAACCGCGGCGAGUGCCACCCCGACUCCGACACCCGGUCGGACAGGAACCCCCGCCGGCGGGGAAGGGAUGUCAGCCGCCAUGGCGAUCGCGAGCGCGGUAUCCUCGGCCGGGCGGGCCCCAAAACCCUGGGACGACGACCAGCGGCUCAAGGCGGACGUGGAGCUGCAGCAGUCGCUGCUCAAGGUCGAUGCGAACCUGCAGCGCAUGUUUAUGGAAUCGCUGCACACCAAACCAGAUACCCUGUCCGCCUCGCAGUUCAUGUCGCAGUUCUGGUCGACGCGGCUGCACCUGCUGCGGGCGCACGCCAUCGAACGGUCGCAGACGCGCGGCUCGUACAACGUGCUCUCAUCGCUGAAGCCGCGGGUCGAGGACAACGUGACCAAGCUCAAUAUCAGCAAGGAGCAGAUCCAGCUCAUUUUCAGCCAGCAUCCGCUUGUGAAGAGGGUAUAUGAUGAGAAUGUGCCGAAGCUGAGCGAGCAGCAGUUCUGGUCGCGAUUCUUUCAGAGUCGGCUGUUCAAAAAACUGCGCGGCGAGCGCAUCUCCGAAAACGAUGCCACGGAUACCAUUCUCGACAAAUAUCUGCGCGAGGACGAGCAGGCGAAUCUCGAGCGGGAGGCGCACUUGCCGCACUUUUUGGAUCUGGCAGGGAAUGAGGUCAAUAACAGCCAGCGGCGCGGGAAUCGGCCGGAUCUGGACAUGCGGCCGUCUGGGGUGGACAAGGUGCCCAUCAUUCGGACGCUGAAUUCGCUGAGCGAGAAGAUUAUGGCGAAUGUGGCGCCGGUGGAUCGCGACCCGUCGGCGCCUGUCGGCAUUGACGAGGAGACGUACAAUGAGCUGCAGUUGCGGGACUUGCGCGGGGACGAUGAACAGAACAGGAUUCUACUGAAUAUCCGGGAUCAGAGUCGGUUUUUCUCGCAGGCCAAAGUAACCGAAGAUGAGCAGAGUCGGCUGUUUGCCAAGCAGGAUCCCGACCAGAUCCUCCGUGAUCUACGCGGCCAGAUCGACCGGGACCUGCCGACCGAUGGGACAGCGCCAUUGGGGAAGCUUGUGGAACCAGAAGAACUUGAAGAUGAGGACGAGCAGAAACAUGAUCAGCGGGUCGGGUCGCAGGCCAACUUGCAGCGCGCAUCGAAGCAGAUCCUUGACGCCAUCCGCGACCGGCGCAACCAGACGGAGGCGACAUCCGCGGGGGGAACGUACGGGUUGUCGACCAAUCUCUAUGAUCGGUUAACCCUGACACAUGCGACGACCACGGAGUUCCUUCAUCAAUUCUGGCAGGCUUUUCUGUCCGGAAAUCCCGACCGUGCGGCCGAGGUAGCGUCGCUUGUGGAAUCGCUGAACCGGGCCAUGGAACGCAUCCAAUCUGUCGCAAACGAUGCCGAGGCAGAACGCCAGGUGGAAGUAAACAGACUCAAGCAGCAUGCGCGCGAGGUGCUAGAGGCUACGGGCAAGAAGAUCCGCCUCAAUCUUGCCGGAGUUACAGGUGGAGAGAAGGCCGUCAAGCAGUUGCUGGGGCCCACCAUCCGAGCAUUGGAGACUGCUUUGGCCAAGUACAAUACGGCAUACACUGAAGAAAUGCAGCGAUUGCAAUCGCUGGAAAAUAGAUAA